AUGGCCCAGCAAAGUAUGAAAGUGAGGCCUGUGCUUCUGAAGCGUAACAGUCUAGAGUCGGUGGAGCUUGUGAAGCAACCUCACCACCGCAGGAGCAAAUCUCAGCAGGUACGAUUUAAGGAAGAUGGCACCAGUAAGACUCCACCUGCCCUAGCUGAGGUUGACAUCCAGACUUCUGAGGACCCGGCUGUAAUGGGCAAGACUCAGGCCUCCGGGCACCACCACCUCCCCACCUACUCACUCUCCUUCCCCAGGUCCCAGCAGGCAGGGGGCUUUCGGCACAUCGCCAUCCAAACCUCCCCCAGUCUCAGGAAGCAUUUCCCAGUUUUCAAAAGGAAGAGACUCACAGCUAGCAAGUCCCUGGUGGAAAUGCAGACAGCAUCCCAAAGUGCCAUCCAGGUGAACGGCAAUCUCUCUGAACAGGACAUUGUGUCCUCUGACCUUGCCUACUUAAGGCUGGCUCGGCAUCUUGAAGAUGGGCCUCAAAGGGUCAAGGAGUCCCACCCAUUUCUCCCUAGAAUGUCCAAGGUGCAAAGCAAUGGGCCUGUGAGCAUAUGCUUGGAAGCAGGGACAUGGAGGGCCUCAGAGAAAGCAACAGCUGCCAUUCAGGUCCCAGAUGAUAUUUAUCACAGCCCUACCUGGGCAGGUAGAGAGUCCACUUUCAGCCCAGACAGGUCUGCUGAGAUUAGCAACUCCAUACCCACUUUAGUUGACAUGCAUCCAGGUGAUGGGAGAAGAGUGCCACCAUCAGAUUCAGAAAGACCCCUCUCCUGCUUAAAUGCCACCAGAGGUGCCAACCACAUGCCCAGCACAGGGAAACUUAAACCUGAAAUGCUUUUGCCCAAAGAUAACUCUGAUGACAAAGACCUUGGCCCAUUGUCAUCUCAGUCAAAGGAAACGUGUGUUCCCUCACAUCCACGGACUCACAGCUCCCCUUCGCCAGGCUCCCACAGCCAGCCAGCCCAGCCAGGGGGAGCUUCAGAUUGUGCUUCUUCGAGUAACAAUCACCAGGAUCUGCAGUCACUCAAAACUAACAGUGAGUCAAAAUCUGCCCCCGUGUGUCAGGAGCAGACGGCAAAGAACCCCUUCCAGUCACACAUCCCAGCAUUUCAAAACUGUCCAGAAAGCGAUCACCUCCCAUCCUCUCUUCCAAGGAGGGAGACCAAACAGCAAGGCACCACGGAGAUGGGUGCGCUUAAUCCAAUUCACCUGGCACAGGGUGAGUUCUGCGACCUCCAGGGCAGGCUGCAAUCCGUGGAGGAAUCUCUGCACUCAAACCAAGAGAAAAUUAAAGUCCUUUUGAAUGUAAUUCAAGACUUGGAGAAAGCUCGAGCUCUCACAGAAGGGCGCAACUUUUAUCGAACUGGCCAAGAUCUCAACAACUGCAGUACCUGCCAGAACACAGCGUGCAUCAUAUACAGUGUAGAAUAUGAUUUCCGGCAGCAGGAAGGCAGGUUCCAUGAAGUUCUACAGAGUCUGGAGGAAGCAGAGCCAUUUGAGGAGGCAUCUCCCCCACCAAAGUCCCCGGCAGAGCCCCCAGUCCCUGAGAAACAGGACUUAAGGCGGAAAACCAAGAAGGUGAAGAAGAAAUGCUUCUGGUGGAUCUGAGCUCAUGGGGACCUUCACCUCUGCCCUUCCCG